AACGCCAACUUCGGCCCUAAACCCCAUCUGGAACUUCUGUUUUCUUUUCUUUCUUAGUAACCUAUAUAUAUAGAUAAACAAAUAAAUUAGGGCAAAUAUAGAUAUAUAUAUAUAUCUAAUAGAUAUCUGAUUUUCCAAUCGCUUCAAGGCCCAAUCAGCCUCCCCUUCCCAUCGACCCCUCCAGGCUGUACUCUGGAGCUUGCGGUGUAUACUUGAUUAUUCUAGUAAUCAACUUAAGUAGACAUGUUCAGCAGUCUCAUACCUCAGCCUUUAUCAGUACAUCUUGGGAAAAUGGAACCUGUUUCUGAUCAAGACCGAUCAUUGCUAAACAGCCAGAUAGGCAUUACUGGUCCCUUGUCCACCAAUCCUGCAUCUCAUGGUGUGCAAAAAGUUGGAGAGAUAGGGCCGAUGCAGAGUAAUGCAGGCCUGCAGAUACCAUUAUUACCUACUAAGAGGAAGGCUGCAGCAGAAUCCUCAGUACUGAAUAAACACCAGGCUCCUCUCAAUUCAACUCGAUUGUCACAGCAAUCUGUUUUGCCAAACAAGAGAAUGAUGCUAAAUGAGUCAAUGUCGAACAGAGUUGUGUCUCCACGGGUACAAACACCAAAGAGUAAGGCGGCACCACCUGAAGUAUCACCAAAGGCUCAACAUGGGUCAUAUCAAGCAGUACGGAUGAAAAUGAGGGAAACUUUAGCUGCUGCACUGUCUGUUGGUAAUCAGGAUAAAGAUAUUGUCCCCAACGUAGAUAAGAGUACUAUACAGGAAUCAGGCAAUACAGCCGGCGAAGUCGUGGUACUCGGAAGUACAACUGUGGAUGCUGCUCCUGUUAUGGCAUCAGAAGAAAAACCCCAGUUCAGUUAUGUCAUGCCCGACAUGGAUGACACAUUUGGCAACUCAUUCUUCCCUAAGGAUGAUCUUUUACAAGGAAAUGGCCUUUCGUGGGACUGGGAUAUGGAGGUAGCUAAACUCACUGAGGCCCAGACCAAUGAAAGUAUGAAUUUUGAUGAAAAGAAUUUAAGUGGAAAUGGAAUUGGACAGAUGCUUUGUUCUCCUCAAGAAUUGGCUGUCAAAGUUGAAUCAGAACUUUAUAAACUGUUUGGAGGCGUGAAUAAGAAAUAUAAAGAAAAAGGGAGGUCUUUGAUGUUCAAUUUAAAGGACCCUAAUAACCCUAAACUGAGAGAAAAAGUUCUCUCCUCCGAGAUAACUCCUGAAAGAUUAUGUUCUAUGACCCCAGAGGAACUUGCUUCAAAAGAGCUCUCAGAAUGGCGCAUGGCAAAAGCCGAGGAGUUCGAUAAAAUGAUAGUUCUACCGGAUUCUGAUAUUGAUAUGAGACGCUUGGUUCGAAAAACACACAAAGGUGAGUUCCAGGUGGAAGUUGACCAGGUUGAUGAUGGUGCUUCUGUUGAGGUUUCCGUAGGGUCGAGCUCACUCACUCGGGUUCUGGAAAAGACAAAAACUGACCGUUUGUCUUCUUCGGGUGAUGUAGUCAGAGAGAAGAUGGUUGAUAGUAGUAACCUUACUAUAUCUACAGAUGUGACUGAUUUUAUGCAAGAAAUAAUUGUGAAUGAGUUUAAGGAUGAGGGAUCCUUGCCCACGAUAGUUUCGUUAGAUGAGUUUAUGGAGUCCCUUGAUUCUGAGCCUCCUUUUGAAGACUUGCCUGAAGAUGGUAAGGAAACGCAUGUCCAACCAGAUAAGGACUACUCGAAAACUGGUGGGGAAGGCAAUGAAAAGGCAUCAUCUGGAACUACUUCUGUAAAUAGUACCGAGGCCGAAACAAUUACUAAUGAUGACAAAUCAAAUAUAAAAAUUACGGAAGCACUCUCUAGUGUGAGAACUAGUGAGACCUCUGCAGAGCCUUUUGGUGGAUCCAUUGACAUUAGUUUAUGGGAAGGUGAUCUCCAGCUGACUCUUUCUUCCUCGGUGCCUGUGAUUGGGGUAUUCAAAAGUGGUGAGAAGACAUCAACAAAGGAGUGGCCUGGUUCCGUGGAGAUUAAGGGCAGAGUAAGGCUCACAGCGUUCGAGAAAUUUCUUCAAGAACUUCCUAUGUCCAGAACCCGUGAAGUCAUGGUUGUUCACUUUGUUUUGAAGGAUGCGUCUUCCUUGGUUCACCAGGCCAGUCUUUCUGAGGUAAUGGCUUCAUAUCUAGCAGAUGAGCGGGUAGGAUUUGGCGAACCAAAUCCAGGGGUUGAAGUCUACUUCUGUCCGCCUCAUAAGAGAACCACAGAGACACUAAGCAGGCUACUUUCCAAAGACCAGACAGAUGUAAUCGAGUCACCACAACUUGGACUAAUUGGUGUGGUAGUUUGGAGAAGAGCUCAUAGUUCGGCUAUUUUGCCUAAUUCACAUUCUCAACAUAAACAUCAUAGAAAGCAUCUAUCAUCUAGGAGACAAGAUAAUAUAAAUGCUAAUACAAAUUCAAACAUGAUUACAAAAUCUUUGAGUUUACUUCCUCAAUCUAAUAAUGGUGUUGAUGAUGGUGAUGAUGUUCCACCGGGAUUUGGCCCUGGAGUUGUUAACCAGGAUGAGGAUGACUUGCCCGAGUUUAGUUUUUCCAAGGGUUCAAACUCAUCCUGGCAGACAUUACCUGCCCAGUCUAGUAUGGUGUCAACAGUGCCUCCAACUAGACCUGUAGGUCAUAUGAGACAUCUUGUUUACCAAUAUGGCCAAGCAAAUAAUAUUACUGCACUUGCUAGUAUAACUCAGACUGGAACUGAAAGUAGACACUGGAAUCAAGAUGAUGAUAUACCGGAGUGGAAUCCACAGAUCCAAAAAGGCCAUGGGCAAGUACCUAAUCAUAUGCAUUUAGCAAACCAAGUUAGACCGACAGGACACGAUAUGACUCCCUUUAUGCCUAUUCCACAAUCGAUUAACUUAAUGCAAAAUAGUAACGGUCAAAUGCCGAUCCCUCAUGGCCUCCCGCCUAAUGCCUUCGUACCAGGGCAGUAUUAUGGUGGGCAGUGGAGGCAGGGGUAUUGAAUUCUGAUUUGUUACAAUAGCUCUAGUAUUUAUGUUCAAGGGUAGGCUUUCCAAUUUUUACGUUGUACUUAGAAUAAUGUUUUAGUGUUUCAUGCUUAUCGUGGGAGGACCAUCGUUUUAGAUCGUGAAUUUGUUGUAUUUGAUUUUUGUCAUUUAUUGGCUUAGUUUUAUGACUAUCAUGGAAUGAAUGGAAAAUGUAUUAAUAUUCUUUUUUA